UGGUCAGAGAGAAGAUGAGCCCCCUGGAGGACGCCAUGAACACGCUCAUCGAUGUGUUCAGAAGCCACUCUCACAGAGACGGUGACGGCGACUACCUGAGCAGGCGCGAGAUGAGGGAACUGUUCAAUGCCGAACUCGGGCAAUUCCUGACGGCCAGCAGGUGCCCUGUGAGGGUGGGCGAGGUCUUGGCUGGGAUGGACCAGAACCUUGACGGUAAAGUGGACUUUGAAGAGUUUGUGAGCAUGCUCACAAAGAUUGCCGUCUACAGCUUCUUUGACUUCAGCGAUCGUCCCAUCAUCGUGUGUGGUCUGUCGACUGAAGCUGUUUAAUGUUUAAUGUCACCCAGCUUAAAAUGUUUUUUAUCUGUGCUGGGUUUAUGGGCGGGGCUGGGGGCGCUAAGGCGCCGCCCACCCGCCUCAAGGAGAAUAACUGAAUAAGAGUUUUUAAUAAAGAAUACAUUCAUGUUCAAAUUUAAUAGGGUGAAGUAAACAAUAUGUAGCUACUGAGUAAAAUGUUUUAUCUCCAAU